CAAAUGGAUGGAUCAGUAGAGAGCUGUUUUUGUACUGGUUUCGUAAGCUGUUUUUAACAAGUGUUCCUAGGGUACGUCCUCUCCUUCUCCUGAUGGAUGGUCAUUCUACUCAUUAUGGUCCUGACCUUAUCAAGAUAGCAGCUGAAGAGCAAAUUUUAAUAUUUGUAUUGCCACCCAAUACCACUCAUUUAACACAGCCACUUGACAAAGGGUGUUUUGGGCCAUUAAAAACUGCUUGGAAGGCUGUGUGUCAUGAGUUCUGCACUAAAAACCCUGGUCGUGUGGUAACCAGAUACGAUUUCUCUGUAUUAUUUGCUGAUGCAUGGAGAAGGUCAAUGACACAGAGAAACAUUGCAAGUGGCUUUGAAGUAACCGGCAUAUGUCCUUUCAACAGAAAUGCUAUUAAAACUGGCAAUGACAAGCAAGAAACCAUCAGCCGUUCACUGUUAGACCAGACUGGUCUAGCAUACAUACCGCUCUAUAGUCCAGACAUAAAGAGAACGAGGGAUCACGAUUCUUCAUUCAAUUCUAGUCUCUUGGAGAGAUCACUUUCAGAGAAUGAUUUAUCGCAAGCUGUCACUCCAAUGCGAAGAGUAAUGCCUAUAGAGUCUUUUCUGAAAACUCCUAGUCAUCCCAGUAGCAAGUCCACCCUGAAGCCUAAAUCAUGCGGAAGAGUAUUGACUAGUGUUGAAUUCAUGACAUGUAUAGAGGAAAAGGAAAGAAUGAAGCAGGAAGCCUUGAAGGAGAAAGAGCGUAAAAGAAUUGCUAGACUUGAGAACCAGAAGGAAGCUAAUAGAGUAAAAGAGUUGAAGAGAAGUGCAAAUUUUACUAUGAGUGAGCACAGGCAAUUCUCUAAGAGGUUUGAAAAUGGGUAUGACAUUCCGGAUGAGAGGUAUGAGUUAUGGGUUCAGUUAUAUCGUCCUAAUAUGACAUCUCAAGAUUCAAAUGCUGAAGAUGAAGACCAAGAUUCCUUGAGUAAUGACACUGAUGAAGGAGAAGAGCUUUCAAUGAGUGCUGCAAACAGUAUAGAGACACAGACACAUACUGUCACAGCUAAUAACAGAGCAAAAAGAGUUGCACCUAUCAAGGGAACCGCUGCUACUAAAGUUGAUGCCUCUGUUACUUCUAAUGCUAAGAAGGCUGUGAGGUCUAAAGAGACAGCAAUCGCUGUACCUACUACUAGGAGUGUUAGAUAUAAAGGUAUUGUAAUAUUAAUAGUUGUUAAUGUAAUGGUUCAUGAUAAUAGAGAGA